AUGGGGAUGGAGGACACGGAGGAGAACCCCAACCUCGCGGAAGAGGCUGUUUCGAAUGGCUCCACGGAGCCGGAGGUCAACGGGGUGGAAAAACCAAGACGAUGCUCCACGGGGGGAGGUUGUAAAUCCAUCCCAGGAAGCUCGGAGGAGGAAAGACCGACCAUCUGCGAGGAAUGUGGUCGGAGCUUCAGCCGUAGCUCCAACCUGGUGGUGCACCAGCGGUUGCACGCCGGCGAGAAGCCCUACAAGUGCUUGGAGUGCGGGAAGAGCUUCAGCCGUAGCUCCCACCUCAUCACCCACCAACGGCUGCACACGGGGGAGAAGCCCUACAAGUGCCCCGACUGCGGGAAGAGCUUCAGCGACAGCUCCACGCUCAUCACCCACCAACGCUUGCACACCGGGGAGAAACCCUACAAGUGCCCCGACUGCGGGAAGAGCUUCAGCGACAGCUCCACGCUCAUCACCCACCAACGCUUGCACACCGGGGAGAAACCCUACAAGUGCCCCGACUGCGGGAAGGGCUUCAACCAGAGCUCCAACCUCACGUCCCACCAACGCACCCACACCGGGGAAAGACCCUACAAGUGCCCCGAGUGCGGGAAAAGCUUCAGCGUCAGCUCCUACCUGAUCCGCCACCAGAAGAUCCACACCGGGGAGAGGCCCUACAAGUGCCCCGAGUGCGAGAAGACGUUCAGCCAGAGCUCCAGCCUCAUCAUCCACCAACGCGUCCACACCGGCGAGAAGCCCUACAGGUGCGUUGACUGUGAGAAAUGGUUUAGGAACAGCUCGGAUCUCAUCCGGCAUCAGCGGACGCAUACGGGCGAGAGACCCUACCGCUGCCCCGACUGCGGGAAGAGCUUCAACCGCAGCUCCAACCUCAUGACCCACCAACGCAUCCACACCGGGGAGAAGCCCUACGAGUGUCCCGAGUGCGGUAGGAGCUUCACCGUGAGCUCUGCCUUGAUUAAACACCAAAGGACCCACCGGGAAGGGAAACCCUACGAGUGCCCCGACUGCGGGAAGAGCUUUAUCCGCUGUUCCAACUUCAUAACCCAUCGGAGGACACACGUUGGGUAGAGACCUGGCGACCCACGUUGGGUAGAGACCUGGCUGGUGGUCCUGGUUCCCCUUUUUCAUCCGUUCCCUGGAUGA